CUGGUGCUUCCACCCUGGCGGUGGGACUCAAAAAUUAACUGCAAUUGCUAAUGGAGGCUGCCGAUGGCAGAGGGUAGAAUGAGGUCUAGCUGGAGUGUGAAUAUGGCGGAUAGAUGGAGUGUAUUCCAUGCGGCAGUCAAGCACAGCCUAGAUGGCUGGCCCGCUCUCCAUAUCGCCCAACAACAAGGUUUCGGUGGGAACAAUUUCAGAGAAAAGAUCGACUGGCUUUUAGAUGUCAUUGUUCAAAUAUUUAAAGACAAUGGGCAUGUUUAUCCAGAUGAAUUGGAAGAAUAUCUAUCAGAAUGUAUGUUCAAUGAGUUUGACAUCAUAGUUGAUGAUGGAACAUGUCCCAAGGUUGUGGAGAAAAUAUGCAAUUUCAGUCAGCUCUGUGAAAGUGGUCAGUUUUCAAAAGUACUGGAUCAGUUACGUGUGCCACCGCCCACCUUUCCAAGUGUCUCAGUAGCAGCUGCCAGUCAUGAUGCCUCAGAUGAUGAUGUUCAGGAAGAUGAAAAGGCAACAGAAACGGGAACCGACAACAAUUGUACUGAGAAUCAAGAGAACACGGAAAGCAUGGAUGUUGAUGAUGCUCCUCAAAUGGAUGGCGGCGACAACGAUGGAUGGGAAGUUGUUAAAAGAUCGAAACAGAGAAACAGCCAUAACAAACCGAGAUGAAGUAGAUUUUUAUAUUUUCGACUCGUCGAUCUAAAUUCUGAAAAACUGCCCUGCCUGGUUUGGGAAGCAUGAAAUCGCCUACCUUUUUAAGAAAAUAUCAUUGACUAAAAUUUUUAAGACAAAUCAUCCUUCCGUGUAUGUUUCAUUUGUGAUUAAUUUUGGUGCGUUAA